AUGGCGAGUGAGGAUAGUUUCGUAGUGUUGGUUCACCACAGAGGAUCCAUUAAGGAGAAAACUCGUUCCGGUGUGAAGUUCACUGAUAAGGAUCCUCUGUGUGUUAUCGUCAGGCCUACAACGAGGUAUGAGGACCUUGUUAGCUCUGUACUGCUGAAACUUGGUCUAGAAGUUGUGAAACGGGUUAAGAAGUUUUUUUUAUCGAAUUCCAAUCACGUGGAAACCGUAAAGUACGAUUGUUUCACGAUCGGGAGUGAUGAGGACUUGCAGGUCAUGUUUCAUUGUCGCCGGCAGUUUCCAGAGGUGAGGACACCAGAACUGUUGUCAAAGUUAGUUGACGCGGUGUCCAGCUCGGGGGGUUCGAACCAGAAUACCACCACUUUAGCCACGGUAGCCGGUUCUAGCUCCAGACCUGCCGUUGUAUCUUCCUUCGUCCCUGCGUACGAGCCACCCAUCCAACAUGUCGCCUCCCCUUCGUUCGCUGUUGAUCUCAACGGCAGUGUAGGCGACGAGGUCGGAGAAGGGGAACAUCUGUGGACCUCUUUACAGUGUGUUGCACCGGCUGGGGUUGGAGAUGGAUUCUUGGAUGAUCCAGAGGACGAUGAUGUCGAGCCAGAUAUGAUUGCUGAUGACAGUGGCGAUGAUGUUGGAGCAAGUGAGCCUGCUGGGGCGGGCGGUGGUUCUAGCUUUGACACGCAGCAGUACCCUCCACAUUUUUCCUCUUUGGACUUGGAUGGCAUGAGGCAGGAUGGGGUUCCUGGGCAGCCGGCUGGAUUUGGUGCUAGAGAUGCUGAAGGGUCUGCAGGUCUGACAGAAUUUCAGGUUGGUCAGCAAUUUCCGGAUAAAGAAGAGGCCCUGUUAAGUGUCAAGACUUAUAGCAUCUGUCGAGGGGUACAGUACAAGGUCGUGGAGUCUGACUAUCGCCGGUAUGUGGGCAAGUGUUCUGAGUUCGGCAAUGGGUGUACAUGGUUGAUUCGGCUUAGUCUCCGACAGUGCAAGGGACUUUGGGAGGUCAAACGUUACAACGGACCGCAUACUUGUCUCGCCACCUCCAUUUCCAGCGACCACAGGAGUUUGGAUUACCAUGUGAUAUCGGCAUUCAUUAUGCCAAUGGUUAGGGCUGAUGCAUCCGUCAGCAUCAAGGUGCUCCUAAAUGCCACCGCUGCACACUUUGGGUUUAGGCCAACUUACAGGAGGGUCUGGUUGGCGAAGCAGAAGGCUGUUGCCCUCAUCUAUGGUGACUGGGAUGAGUCGUACAACGAGCUCCCAAGGUGGGUGUUAGGAGUCCAGUUGACGAUGCCUGGUACUGUUGCAGUCCUAAAGACGAGCCCUGUUCGUUAUGGUGGAACGUUGCUUGUCGCGAUUGCACAGGACGGGAACUCCAAUAUACUCCCUGUUGCGUUCCCAUUAGUCGAGGGUGAGAAUGCUGAGUCGUGGUCCUUCUUUCUCUCCCACCUGAGUCAGCAUGUGACACCGCAACUGGGUCUACUGGUUAUCUCGGACAGGCAUAACGGCAUCAAGGCCGCGCUUGAGGCCCCUGACAGAGGCUAG